AUGCCUCUACCUCGUCUCAAGUCUUUUCUUUCCGGUGCCGACUGGGCUAAGAAUGGGCCACAAACCCCAGCCCAGCGAUUCUACGCAGCAUAUGCGAUGGCUAUCAAAGAAUCCGACCUUACCACCCAUGGAAAUCACCAAUUCUAUUCCAAAAACGCGGUUUUUCAUAAUCAAAACGGCGUCAACUAUUGUGGUCCGGAGAUCUGGCCAUGGAUCAUCAAGUUAUUCGGCCAGUUCGCUCGUCUUGAACACGACUUUAUCUCAAUCUGGGAGCUCGAAAAUGAUGACGAUACUGUCCAUCUCAUUGCUCAGAUCACUCGACAUAUCUGGGCUCCCGGCAGUGAUAUCAAUGCCUCGCCAACCGUCAGCAUUCCCUUGUCCAUGACCUGCGAGAUAGGUCCCAGCACUACACCCGAGAAGACUCCCGAAGGUCUACAAUUCCACAACGUUUGGCUGUAUUGGGACACCUACCUACUUCAGCCCUAUUUCCCCAAGGACGCCAUUGUCUUCAGCCCCGUCAAUGUUCAGAAAGAAUGA